CCCAGGAAGAGCUCCGGGAUGUCGUUGAUUUGUUUCCGGAAACGGGGCCUCGAAAGGUGGGACUUAGACCUGGGAGCCGAUGGCGGCAGCUGUCAAUUGGUCAGCGACGAGAUCGACGGUUGCACUGACAAAUGGAAAUAGGCAAUUGACAAAAGGGCCCGCCCACAGAAGGGAAAGUAGUGGAGGUGGCGGCUGCAGUGGCGGUCGCCGCCGGACACUGCUCAGAGCGGAGGACUCGCUGCGCACAAAGCUUAUCUUGACCUCUUCCCGUCUGCCUUCAGCCUUGAUUUGUGACCCUGGGCUCUUCUGGGCUCCUCCGACCCAGCUAGCCACACCUCAGACCCAAACCAUGUUCCCGGUGAAGGUGAAAGUGGAGAAAUCAGAGUUGGAGAUGGCCAAGGCCCGGAACCAACUUGAUGCUGUUUUGCAAUGUCUGCUGGAGAAGAGCCACAUGGACAGGGAGCGUCUGGAGGAGGAAGCUGGGAAAACCCCCUCGGACACCCACAACAAGGAUUGUUCUGUUGCAGCCACUGGCAAACGGCCAUCCGCCCGCUUCCCCCACCAGCGAAGGAAGAAGAGGAGGGAGAUGGAUGACGGGCUGGCUGAGGGAGGGCCACAGCGAUCCAACACGUAUGUGAUCAAGCUGUUUGACCGGAGUGUGGACUUGGCUCAGUUCAGUGAGAACACGCCCCUGUACCCAAUCUGCCGAGCCUGGAUGCGCAACAGCCCCUCCGUGCGCGAGCGUGAACGCUCACCCAGCUCACCACUGCCCCCGCUGCCUGAGGAUGAGGAGAGUUCAGAGGUCACCAACAGCAAGAGUCGUGAUGUGUACAAGCUGCCUCCACCCACAGCCCCUGGGCCACCUGGAGAUGCUUGCAGAUCCCGAAUUCCAUCCCCCCUGCAGCCUGAGACCCAGGGUACCCCUGAUGAUGAGCCCUCCGAGCCUGAGCCCUCACCAUCCACACUCAUCUACCGCAACAUGCAGCGCUGGAAACGCAUCCGUCAGAGGUGGAAGGAGGCGUCUCAUCGGAAUCAGCUUCGGUACUCAGAAAGCAUGAAGAUCCUACGGGAGAUGUAUGAGCGACAGUGAUGUUCCCCUGCCCCCCACGUCCCCCCAAUAAACAUUCCCCUCCUUCACACCUUCA